UUUUUUUUUCAAAUUUUUAAAAAGCUCUAUGAAGUUCCCUGCAAGAGCAUUACAUUAUGUUUUUCGUGUUGCUAACAGAGAGGCUUCCUACAAAUUUUAUACUGAAAUUUUGGGAAUGAAAGUACUUCGACAUGAAGAAUUUGAAGAGGCUGAUUGUAAUGGUCCUUAUGACAAUUUGUGGAGCAAAACAAUGAUUGGAUAUGGAGAUGAGGAUGAACAUUUUGUGCUUGAAUUGACUUAUAAUUAUGGAAUUAGUUCAUACCAGCUUGGAAAUGAUUUUAAGGCCAUCCAUAUUAAUUCGGACAAAAUUUUCGACUUGGCAAAGUCGAAAGGAUGUUUAAAUCAGGAUGGAACUAUUUCAAUUAAAGACCCAGAUGAGCAUUGUUUUUGCAUUGGAAAGGGGGAUUUGAAAGAAUUCAAGUAUCCAGUGACUAAAGUUUGUGUUAAUGUAAAAAAUUUGAAUGAAUCUAAAGAAUUUUGGUCUGAUCUUUUGGGAAUGUCUGUUGAAAAGGACGAUGAAAAUGCUUGUUUGUUGUCUUAUGGACCUGGACAGUGUAAAUUGGAAUUAAAUCAACUUAAAGAUGCCCAACUUGAAAGAAAAACAGCUUUUGGAAGAAUUGCCUUUUCCACGCCAACAGAAAAUCUAAAAAUGAUUGAAGACGUUGUUGGGGCUAAAAAUAAAAAUUUUAUUCAGACGUUUCUAGUUUCGUUGGAAACUCCUGGAAAAGCAACCGUUUCUGUUGUUAUACUUCGAGAUCCGAAUGACCAUGAGAUAUGUUUCGUUGGACAAGAAGGAUUUGAACAACUUUCUAAAACUGAUCCAAAUGCUGACAAAGCUAUUCAAGAAGCUAUAAAGAAGGAUGAAAGUCGAAAGUGA